AAUUUGAGGGCCUGGGGCGGAGGGUGGCGGCCCAGCGCUGGAGUCCGCAAGUUGGGCUGGUGUGCCGCCAGGCGCGGGGCGUGCGGCGAGCAGAGCCGGCAGGAGCGCGCCGGGCAGCCGCCGCCGCCGUCCCAUGCGCGGGCGGCAGGAUGGAGCUGAACUCCCUGCUGCUGCUGUUGGAGGCGGCCGAGUACCUGGAGCGUAGGGACCGAGAGGCCGAGCACGGCUACGCCUCCGUGCUGCCCUUCGACGGGGACUUCGCCAGGAAGAAAACAAAGACGUCCGGCCUGGUGCGCAAGGCCCCGAACAACAGGUCUUCACACAACGAACUAGAAAAGCACAGACGAGCUAAACUCAGGCUCUACUUGGAGCAGCUCAAGCAGCUGGUACCCCUGGGCCCCGACAGCACACGCCACACCACUCUGAGCCUCCUGAAGCGUGCUAAGAUGCACAUCAAGAAACUGGAGGAGCAGGACCGCAGGGCACUAAGCAUCAAGGAGCAGCUGCAGAGGGAGCACCGCUUCCUAAAGCGACGUCUGGAGCAGCUAUCGGUGCAGAGUGUAGAACGUGUGCGCACUGACAGCACUGGUUCUGCUGUGUCCACGGAUGACUCAGAACAAGAGGUGGACAUAGAGGGCAUGGAGUUUGGCCCUGGGGAGCUGGACAGUGUUGGCAGCAGCAGUGAUGCCGAUGACCACUACAGCCUACAGAGCAGUGGCUGCAGCGACAGCAGCUAUGGGCACCCUUGCAGGCGGCCUGGCUGCCCUGGCCUUUCGUAGGCUCCAUGUUCUUUGCUUCUUGGCCCACCUGCCUGCUCACCUAGCCAAGCGUCUCAGCCUUCCAGUCCUCCCUUGACUGAAGCCAGCCUCGUCAUGGGCCUCCUGCUGUGCCAUUCUCGAAGCUACAGCUGCUGCCUGGUCUGCCUGCCUUUGCCUGACCACCCUUUGGUCAGGACUCAAGCUGCCUGCCCCUUCUCUGCAGGGCAAGACCCCAUGCAGGGAAGCAGGGUCAGGCUCUCACAUCUUGGAGCCCAGCGUAGCCGCCCACGAUCUGUUCUCAGAUUCCUAAUCAUUCCAGAAGUAUUAAAUGUUGUUGCUACAAAUCUCAGUGGGAUCCGUGUAGGGGCCUUAAUGACCACCAUGGGGAGCUUGAACCCCAUCAUCGGAUCCCAGGAGAGAGGAGUGGACUGAGAAAGGAAGGAAAAAGGAAGGAAGAAAGGAAGGCAGGCAGGCAGGCAGGCAGGUGCAGCAGUCCGUCCAUCCAUCUAUCCAUCUACCUGUUGUCCACAGACUCCUGAGGUGUGGACAGAGGGAUCUGUGAAGGGCAGGACUUGGGUGAACAUCUGGAGCAGGUGGGUGGCCUCCUUUCCAUGGUGUCAGGAGCCAUGGGGAUGUCCCUGGGGUCUGGCUGGACCACCUUAUAUCAAGUUGGGUAGCUCUGCUCUUUUAGGACCAUCUGAUGUAUACACAUACGCCUAGGCUCACACCUACAAACAUAUACACACAGACAUGUGGACAUCAGAGAAUGUAUGUCCUGAGAUAGUUUGCCUGAGGUCAUUUGGAAAUGAUGGUCCCUAGCCUGUGCCUGACUCUCACUCAGGCCCCUGCUUACCUAGGCCAGCCCAAAUGGCUCUGCCUAGUCUGCACAGGAAAUAGAUAGGGCCUUUCUUCCUGGCAAGGGACUGGAAUAAGCUGGGUGGCAAGCUGAAACCACUGAGUCCUUCAAGCUUUCUCAACUCCCUUUCUUAAGAAAAGAAAAAAAGAAAAAAAAAAAAAAAGUGUGACAGGGAGCUCUCAGAAGGAGCCUCACAAGCCCUGCCCAGGGCAGCCUCAGCUGGCAGAGGCUUUGCCCAAAACACAAAACAGAAACAUUUUUAAAAAGAGAAAAGAAGCUCUGAAGGCUCGCCAAGGGACGUGAGUGUGUGCCGUCUCUAUUUCCUGUAUGAGAUUUUUGUACUCUAUUUUCCUAGCCAUUGUUGCGUCCUGGUUUGCUGAGGGGUGGGAGCAACCCAGUGUCUCAGGGACCCGUCCUGUCACGUCGUCAUAGUGUGCCUUGUGUCCCCGUCUCACCCCGCCCACUGCCACCAGCACGUCCCCAUGGCUUAUGGGAUGCACCAGGCCUGAUGGCGGGUGCCCCCUUCACUGCUUUCCCACAGGUAGCCCCUAGCCCCUCCCAGCAGCUGCAUCCUCCUGGGAGGGACAUGUGCAUGCCUGUGUGACUCCCGUGGCUAAUUUUUUGUAUCCUGCAGGGCUAUGACCUGCCUCCAGUGUUGCCUCCAUGGUAAUUGGCAGGGUGGCUGCGACUGAAAGUUUGGGGACAGCAGGCCUGCUGGCGUAGGGCCUUUUCUCUGGGCCUUGGGCAAGGACCUGGAGUGUCAGCCAUGGACAGCUAAUAAGUACAGUUCCCUGGAGGUUAGGCAGGCCUGACCAGGAGGCUUCUGUUGGCCUUUCAGUACUAGAAGACCUUGUCUCUAGGGGUACCACACAGCAAUAUUUGGGUAGUGGCCAUGGGCUGGCCUACAGCAGCACCUGCCACCUCCUCUGGUGCAUUUGUAAACAAUUUUUAAACUGUGGGGGAAAUUCUUGUUUAUCUUCAGUCAUGCCAAUGAGCAUCCAAGGGUGGGUGGUUUACUGAUAGGCAGAACAGGGUGCCUGGAAACAGCUCUGGUAUAGAACUUGCCCUUUGGGUACUCCAGAGGACAGGUGGACAGCAGGCCUGGGUAAAAGCCCAUGAAAUAGAAGGAUAACCAGUAUCUUAGUAAAUUGGUUCUGUCUACAUUUUCAGCCCAACUGGGGAUUUCAGUGUCUGCUGAGCAUGUCUCUCGGGCAUUUGUUUUAAGCACACCCACCCUUAGCACAGGACAGAGCUAUGUUUAAAGGCCUUGCUUCAGGGCCCUGGAACUCCAGGAUUCCUGAUGUGCCCUGAAUUCUUAUAUUAUCAGCUACUUGCUCCAUCUGCAGCACCUCAGAUUCUGCUUCCACCACUGCCAGCAGAGUCCACUCUUGGUGAUCAGAGUGGCCCCCUUGGCUGAAUUUCAUGGCAGCUCAGCCCUUUGCCUUUUCAGGCUAUGGUUCCCAUCUAGCCUAGGAGUUGGCCGCCUCAGUCACCCAGGGGUGCUAGCCAGCUGCUCCUCCUACUUGCAGGUGUGUGAGGGUGGUCCAUAGGCAUGGGAGCUGGUGCUAAGAGUUACAUAUUCAUUACUCCUCCUCCUGCUCUCUACCAUUUGCACACUAUGGCCACUACUGGUGGCCAUGGGAUUCAGCCAAGGCUAUUGUGUAUCUGUAGAAAGAAAUCUGGACCAAAAUAGCUGCUUCUGUGUCCUCCACUUGCACCUGUCCAUGCAAGCCAAGUGGUGCUCCAUAACAGAACUCAGAACUCCUGGCUCAGGCUUGUGCCCCUUACUGGAAGGUGGUCCAGAUAUACCAGACCCACCAUCCUGCUGCAGGCCCAGCUGGUCUAGCAGGAGAGGACACAGAGGUUUUAUCUCUAUAUGGGCCCUAGGCCCACCUCUGUAGUCUUAUGCUGCAGCUGCUUGAGCGUGCCUUCCUAAGCAGAUGGAGUUGUGCACCAGACUGUGGCUGGACAGUCCCUACCCUUCUGUCUGCCCCAAGCCUUCCCUGCCUCUGUGGGGUCAGUUAGCCUCUCGCCCCUUGUGCCUGCACAGAGGAUCUUACCCCAGGCCAGCAAGCAAGUUAUCUCAGGCCUCUAAACUAGGGCACUAGGGCAGGUUCCGUGCCAGAGUCUGGGGCUACACAAGAGGCCUGGUGCCAGUGCAGUGGGUGAGUUAUGAGACCUGAGCUACAGAGUGGAAUGGGCCCCCCAAUCCCACCUGUCUAACAGAUGGGGCUGUGCUGUGUCAUUCUGUCAUUGUAAUAUAAAUACAGAUUUUUUUAUACCUCA